UUUAAUGGUGGCCCUGCAGUUUAUGGGUGUCGUGUGGUUGAUCCCUGAUUCUGUAAGGAUAAUUUGUGGAAAAUGGGGCGACUUAAAGGCGGUUGAAAACGAUGGGCUGCCCCUUACUUCUUAACAAAAUACGGCAGAGUUGAUGUAACAAUUAUGGGAGCAGAACGAAGACGUGGAAGAGGCGUGGAAAAAUACAUUUGCUCGUACUAAAUCGACUGGGAAUUUUGACGACAUCAGUUCAGUGCAUGCAAAGUCAGUUGGCACUCAUUGGAAAUUUCUUCAAUGUAGACAGUACACCCACGGGCACUGGUUACUGCGGCAGAAACAAAAUCAGAUUGAAAAUGUCGACGUUUGGUGUGUCGCCAUCAACAGUUAGUCGCAUGUUCAGUGACAGUUAACGGCAUCUACCGGGAUGGAGUAUUUUGAGUACCCCGAAUACGCUGACAUCAUGGAACUCUUUAUUGAGACUCUGACGGGUACUGUUUUCGAGCUUCGAGUGUCUCCGUUCGAAACCGUCAUCUCGGUGAAAGCGAAGAUUCAAAGAUUGGAAGGAAUUCCCAUAAGUCAGCAGCAUCUUAUAUGGCGAUCUGUGGAGCUGGAGGAUGACUAUUGCUUACAUGACUAUGGAAUUCCGCCGAGCAGUUCUCUCAAAUUGGUACUUGCCAUGAGGGGUGGGCCUAUCAACACUAGAAGGAUUCCUAUGGAGGACCCAGCCAUACGUGAGAUGGCCGAAUACAUGGAGGCAAACCGAGAUGAAAUUUGGGAGAAACUCCCCGGUAACCGGCAGGUGACAUUAUUAGUGUUUAGAGAGGGAGACCAGCUAAACUUCUUCAGAGUCGUAGACCGGGGAGAUGGCACUCUAACACCGUUAUCAGAGUCUUUGAGUGGUGCGUCAAUGUACAACAACAUGUAUGAGGAGGAAGAAGAUGAAGGAAGGCUACCCUCUGAGGAACAAUCAGUGGAGAAUGACGUCACAAUGAGCAAGAUGAAACUCCUCCGUGUCAAGAUGGAGACUCUGUCCAUUGGGAAAAAGAAACAUAAAACACCUCAUCCACCCUCAACAGUACGUCCCAAAAGUACAGCGGUCCGAAGGCGUCUACCCACUACCAAGAAGAAAUCACCACCUCUCCUGAACAAGAACAAUCCCCUUCCUCCAGUUGGUGCUCUUAAACCAGGAACACGUCCUGUGGAAGUAAAGACUAACUUAGAUUCGACAACAGAGGCUGUAGACUGUGCUGCGGGAUCUGCGAGCCGGGCUGAACGCCGUCUGCGCACAUCAGACAAAUGUCACAGCCCUGUACCGCCUUCUUCUUGUCGUACUUUAGAAUCGCUUACAAGCGCUCGUCUACACCGGUCAUAUACAAAUCUAGGAAACAUGUUGCCGUCCUCGACUGCAACUGUAAUGCAUGAAAUGCGUCCGAAUACAUCUUCCAAAGUUCAACAGGUGCUAACGUCAUCAGCCGAUGCACGAGGGAGAGAACGGAGUGGUGUGAAGGCCGAAGCCCGCCUGGUUACAGAACUCGUUAACCAAGCUAACAGGGACGGCAAAAUUAAUGACAUUGUUUGUGGUGCCCCAAGAGACUUACACACUGGAAAGAGUAGCGGGAGGGUGAGGGCUGGAACGUCAGGGGCCAUGGCGCUUAGUCAGGCCCUGAAUAGUACCACAUCCACGGCACUAAAGAAUACCAGUAAUGGAGACAGGAUACAAACUCCUGAGAGGAGAACAAAUUUAAUUUCUGCACAUAGUAUACGAGGAAGAUUAUCUGGCACUCGUGAUGGACGACUUUUAUCUCCAAGUCACCGCCUUCCACCAGUCAGCAGUAGCAAACCAACUUCACUAGGAACAACAAAGAAAAAGACAAGUAAAAGGUGCUCUUUAUGCAACAAGAAAACUGGACUAGCAACCAGUUAUCAAUGCAGGUGCGGUCAUAACUUCUGCGCCACCCACCGCUAUGCUGAAGCCCACCACUGCGGCUACGACUAUAAAACAGAGGGACGCAAGAUACUCGAGCAGAGCAAUCCCCUCGUCAGCGCGCCAAAGUUGCCCAAGAUUUAGGCUUAUCUAAAAAAAGUCACACACAAAAUAUUAUGGGAAUAUUGGAUAUCACUGAAGUAGAGAUGGUUGAGAGAUGAAUUUGUGUCAGUGUUUGUCUAUAGUUGCAGGUUAUGUAAUCUUAUGGUACUACAGAAAAACCAUACCUUUUUAACUUGGUUUUCUUACUACAUAAUAUCAAUUGUUGAGUUAUUAAACCUGUGUUUAAUUUACGGGCAUGUUAUUCUUCCUACUUAAGUCUGAUUUCUGAGGGUUUUGGCCAUUGGAAAUAUUUUAUUUUAUUUUAUUAACUGGCCUUAAAAGUCUAUUGAGUAGGUCAGCUCUUGUACUCAAUAAAAUAUCAUGCUUGAUUUUAGUUUCUGCGAUAUAUACGCACCAUCAUGACAAAUAUCAAAGCCUUUUUAUUUUGUUGUUUUCAUAAAUAACUGUUUUAAAUAUUUUUUUUUUGAAGGAACACCUUUUUCAUUUUCAAAUUUGCCAUCAACAUUUAGUACUACAUAUACCAGAGUAAGAAUGAGAGUCCCUUAAAAUGUAUGAAUGGAGGAGGCGGUAACUGAAUCAUCACCUACAACUGUGAGUGAUUGUAUUGUGUGUGAAAAUGUUUUAUGAACAAGUGAUAUAGAAAUGGCAGUCCUUUUCAACUUUUACCUUUCCUGUAGACAGACGGAGCAAAUCAGCUUCUCUCACUAUUGGCCAUUGAUUUCUGAAAGGGCACAUCAAGCAUUGAAUGUGUACAGCAAGUUAGUACAUAAAUACUGGAUUAUCUUUUCCUUUAUUUCACUACUGACCAAUUGCACAAAUUAUUGGAGUCAGUUCUGUGUUGUCUAUUUUUAUUCGCAAAAUGGUAGUCAGGAUAGUUGUGUGGAAGUGCGCUCUACAUUGAACAAGGGAUCAGUACUUGCAAAUAGUUAUACAUGUAUUAACAGUGAGCAUUCCAUAAUCAAUUGAACCAAGAUCCAUCCAGGCCUAUAAACCCUUGACCCAGGGUCAAAUUUAAUCAGGACACUGGGUUUUGCUUGAGUUUAAGUAACAAAAUUUUACUCGGCAGAAAUGGGUUACCAGCCUUGUUGUGUAUGCUGUUUGUGGCUGGUUCCCUGCAAAUUGUUGGUGAGCCAAAGGCCCUGUCUGAUUGAGUGGCUAUGGCAGUGGCCACUGCUGGAUGCCAAAAAGUCCUACUCAUCAACGUUGUUGUCACAGCCAGUCGGCUGCAACUGUCAUAGCCCAAAUUGACAUGGCUUGCAGUUUGAAAAAAAAGAAAAAAAGUUGAAUGAUGCCUAGCAGUAGAGCAAAACUUUAUUAGAGACUACUCUAUCAGUAGACUGGGCUCCUGUCUUUAUCUGCAAGGAUAAAGACAGGUCCAUGCUCUCAGAUCCAGUGAUUAUAUAGGAUACAAUGAUACCAUUGGAUACGUGCAGUGACAUAAGCUUUAUGCCAAAACAGUACACUGCUGUCACGUCCGCAAUAGAAUUUGACUGCAUAUCUCUAUGUGAAAUGAAUGAAGGUCAAAGGUUAAAGUACCAUUGGUUUGGAGGCAGGUCUCUGGCGCAAGUGUGACGUCAGAUGUUCAGGCUACUCAAUCAGUUGCAUUUAUGGUAGUUUCAAUGCUGUGUUACCCAUAGGUCAAAAAAACAUUUGUUAUGAUUGUUGUUUGUUAAGGUAUUGGCUCACAUGCAACAAUAUGUAUAACGUAAAGCUGCAUCUUCUUGGAGGCUUGGUAAAACUGAUCAGCUAAUAUGCUCUUGUAAAUUAUAAAAUUUCAUGGAGAAGAAGUACAUGUAGGUACAAAUGGAUACAUGAAAAGUUGAAAGUUCAUAGGUUUGUUACGAUUUUCAACAAUCUCUACUUCAGUUGAUUUAUAUUUAAAAAAUUAAUGUGUUGAAAUACUGUAUAUUGCAGUUGUACAGUGUCAAUAAUUAUAUUAAGACCAUAUCUUAGCCAAGUUUGAGUUUUUAUUCUGUGGGUUUUCAAAUCGUUUGUUCUGUAUGGAAGCGAAGCUAUUGGCUUUUUUAUAAGUCUUAUUGAAAAAAAGUACUCUAGAUUAUCUUUUAAUCUGUUUUUAUGAGGUAUGAGUUUUAUUUUGUGCCUCAAAUGUGUGACUUCAACAACUAGCUUGACGGCGUUAAUAAAAACAAUCGUGAUUUGUAAUUUUAAGCAAAGUGUUUUUGAGUAAAACAUUUAAAAUGAAAUAUUAUUUAUUGAUUUGUCUGUAUUUACCAAUGUUUGAAAAAAUAGUAUGUGUACAGUAAGACUUGUAAAAACAAAAUAAGGAAAUCUUAAUUAUUUGGGUGAACUUUAAAUCGAUGCUAGUGAAAGCUUAACUGUUUGGUCAAUAUGCUCAUAUCCAACUGAAAUUAUUUCAAAACUUGUUAAAGAUGAAGUUAAAGAUGAGUUCCAAGUUUAAAUUCAUUACAGAAUAAUGAGGAUACGUAAGAGUACACGCAAAGCCCACACUGUUAUAGCUUACAGUGGGAUAACGGCACAAUGGUGUUUAAGCAGUUUACUGUGAUAUAUUUCAUUUUUGAUUUUCACUUAUGACUAGUUUAUUGCUUAACUGUGGUCAAAGAAUGAGCAGGCAAAAGUCAAAUCAAAUCAGUGAAACUAAACUGAGGUUUGAGGUGUUUUAUGAAGUAUUUAUGAUUGUCAAAUAUGAAAAGUUGCGGGUACUUCAAGGGAUGGUACUGUCUUCAUUUUUUUUAAUGAGUUCAUUUUUUUAAUGUACAUUUCUAUUUCCUUAAGUUUGGCAUAUACGCCUUGGCUUGUACGUUAAUCUGGGCCCUCACUGUUUCCCUGCAGUUUAAACGCCUACUUAAACAACACAGUGACAGUGUAGUGCACAUUUGAGGAAAGAUAAUUGAUAAAAUAUAUUAAUGUGCAUUAUGCACUUUUUCUAACAAACAAAAAAAGGAACAUGCAAUUAAAACAAAAUGAACUGGGAACAAAUCUUCAGCAUGGAUGCUUGAUUUGGACAAAAAGCUGCAUUUGGUUAAAGCUCUACCGAAAAAGUUUCCUUGUUGGCCAUUGCAUGAAUCUCAGCAUUUUAAUUUUCAAAAACAACAAAUCUACUUCUUGUAUUCGUUUUUUAGUAUCUGGUCAUAAUUGAGAUAAAUCACGCGCAUUUAACAGUAUUCUUCGUGUUUGUGGUCAAUUUGGAAACACUUGUAUAUUUUCAAAAUUAACUUUGCUAAAUGCAAAAUGAUUGUUGAACUUUUUGUUGCGAGUGUCAUUUCAGUACUCCACACAUUUUACAAUUUUGAUUGAAUCAAAUAAAAGGGGAGAGCAUUUUGGGGGAUUUGAAAAUUCAGUUAAACAGUAAGUUGCUGCUUUGGUGUUGGCACACUUUUUGAACAAUGGCUCAUCAUUUGGCACGUUUUGAUAGAGUAUUGAAAAACAGACAUAGUAUGAUGAAACGACUUAAAAGGUUUUCUAAUUUUGUUUCUUUCCUCCCCUUUUCAAAAUUAAUCAUGAUCCAUUGUUUUAAAAGUCAAGUGCCAUUAUGUAUUAUGCAUUAAAACAAUUUUUUCCCUCUCACUUUGAAACAAUAAUUGUAAGGCAAAUCAAUUUCAGAAUAUUAAAAUACAAGUAGCUCA